GUGUCACAUUCAGAAUCUGUCAAAACAAAUUGGUCAAUGAUACUUGUGUCGAAAUUUCCUUAAUUUACCAACAAAAUGGGUCUCUUUGGCAAAUCUAAUGAUCGAAAUCCAAAAGAAAUGGUAAACGAGUGGGCACACAAACUUCGCAAAGAAGGAUACAAUUUGGAUAGACAAAUCCGAGCAAUACAGCGCGAAGAGGAAAAGAUCAAACGUUCGUUGAAGGAGGCAGCCACAAAAAACGAUAAACAGGUGUGCACAAUACUGGCGAAGGAAAUCAUACGGUCACGGAAGGCCAUCAGUAAAAUAUACACUAGCAAAGCACAUUUAAACUCAGUACAAAUGCAGAUGAAGAACCAGUUAGCUACUUUAAGAGUUGCUGGGUCAUUGCAAAAGUCUACUGAGGUAAUGCAAGCAAUGCAAGCCCUCAUCCGUCUACCAGAGAUAGCCAACAUCAUGCAGGAGAUGAGCAAAGAGAUGAUGAAGGCUGGCAUCAUUGAGGAGAUGCUGGAUGAGACCAUGUCUGCGGUGGAGGAUGAGGAGGAAAUGGAGGAGGAGGCGCAGAGUGAGGUCGACAAGGUGCUAUGGGAGCUCACGCAGGGCAAACUGGGAGAAGCGCCGGCGCCGCCCACGGCCGUCGGGGCGCCGUCCACGAGCCGCGAGGCGGAGCCCGUGCCGGACGAGGCGGAAUUGGACGAGAUGCAGACCAGACUGGAGGCGCUGCGAUCUUAGUGAUACGAAACUUACUUAUAAAGGACUCGCUAGAUGGCAUGGAGCGUGAAGUCUGCUAUUGCCUUGUAUUUUGUACAUAAUAACUUCUUAGAGAAUCGCUUAACGUUUAAUGUUGUGCAUUUUCGAAUAUUUACAAUUAUUUUUAUUAUAAAGUGUAUUUAUUUACUAAUUGGCAGAAUUAACUUCACAUUAUUUUCUGUAUAUGUGAUCAUUUUUAAACUUUUCGACGCCAACGACGGAUAUAUCCGCACCGCAGGUCCAACGGCAAAGACGGAUUAAUCUGUGACAGACCACAGAGCAACAUAAACCUACGUGCAUAUGCAUAAAGUUCAAUUUCAGUUAUGACACUUCGGUGACGUGGCGUCCGAGUGACAGUCUUGUGUUUGACACGGCGUCGAAAAGGUUAAAACGUGGAGUAUAGAGUAAAAGGAGCAAAAUCUCUUAUGGUAGAACAGUUGUAAAAGUGUCCAGCAGUCAGCUGUAAAUAAUAGUUCCAAAUCUCUCCAGAGUGGCGCUAGAGUAGCUAAGGACGUAGGCGCUAUUGACGGAGUGAAGUGCGCCGUCAAUGAUUUCAAUUUUUUUAUCAAGUAUUCUACGUAUUGUAACGCCACCUAUUUAAGGUUUUCUGACGGACACUUUUUGAUACAUGAAGAUUGUUUUCCUUUACCUUCCAUAGGUUAAAGGUUUCAAAAAUUCAACGUUACUCACCAAACAUUGUCGUUAACCCUUUUAACGCCACGCCUAUUGUCAUAUAUCAUCUUGAACCUUGUAGGAUUGCACGAAAGUUGACAUUAGGCUGUAGCCGCGCGCGCCAGUUGACGCAUUUAGCGGUCAUGGGGUUAAUGUUAUGCAUGUAUGAAGCAUUUUCUUUACAUACCGGGAAUAUCUUGUCGGUUAUGGCAUAGCGGUGUCAGCGAUGUAGUAGUAGAGUGUAGCUUAGAGUGGAUGCCACAUGUCUUUCUUUGUCCCAUGACCCCAUGUGUAUUUUGUCUCACAUUUUGCUUAGUGACUUAAUGAGAGAGUGAGACGCAAUGACAUUGGACCAAGAUAUUGAACAAAUGGAAUACCACCCUAAGCAAUGAAUGAGUCAGUAAAUGAAACAUAUUAUUUUCGCGGAAUACAAUGAAAAUCGGCUUCUUUCUGUUUUUGUUGGUGACGUUCGAAUGACCUUUAGUCUCUGUGAUAGAACAAGAGAGGAACCGUUUCUUGUUAAUAUAAUUUCUUUGUUAUUAAUAAAUUUCACGCUAAUUUUCUUCCAAUAUUUGAUCACUUGUCUCUAAUUUAGUACAAAUUUAGCUGUUAUAAACUUAUAAUACAUUAAGCGCCACUUGCACCAUCCCACUAACCCGGGCUUAAGCGGUUAAACCGUUAACCCAGUGUCAAAUUGUACUGGUAACCAUGGUAACUCCAGGUUUAACCGGUUAACCCCGGGUUAGUGAAUGGUGCAAGUGGCCCUAAGAAAGUGUUAUUUAAUCUUGUAUAAUUUUAUUUGUCUCCGGUGUUACCUGUAUGUGGCAUGUUUAUAUACAGGUGAUUUUUUAGGAAUUCAAUCACAAAAGUUAUUGUAUAAUUACUAUUGUUAUGAACAUGCUGCUGUUGUAGCUGGAAUGUGAAGUUUAUACGAUUGAAAUAAAUUAAUGCACUAAUCAUA